AUGUGGCUUUACCAAGCUUCAGCCAUUCUGCUGGCUGCCGCUGGCCUAGCCGAAGCUCAGACUGGAAAUGCAUCAGCUCUCCCUUUCCCCAACACCACAUAUCCUGGCAGAGAGAGCCCAGCUCUAGCGGGUGUCGACCUCUUCAAUGCCACGUCGCCGCCGUUCUAUCCCUCACCAUGGAUGGACGGCUCUGGCGAGUGGGCUGAGGCUUAUCGAAGGGCUCAGCAGUUCGUCAGCCAGCUGACGUUGAUGGAGAAGGUCAACCUGACGACAGGUGUUGGUUGGGAGGGCGAAGCAUGCGUCGGCAACGUAGGAUCAAUUCCCAGACUCGGCUUCCCAUCGCUCUGCAUGCAAGAUUCGCCUCUGGGCAUCCGUCUAUCUGACCACAACUCUGCAUUCCCCGCUGGCGGCACUGUCGCCGCGUCCUGGGACAGGGGUCUCUGGUACCGACGCGGGUAUGAGAUGGGCGUGGAGAUGCGCGGCAAGGGUAUAGAUGUUCAGCUAGGCCCUGUUGUUGGACCACUGGGCAGAACUCCCGCGGGCGGCAGAAACUGGGAAGGUUUCAGCCCGGAUCCAGUGCUGUCCGGCAUUGCAGUUGCCCAAACCGUUCGUGGUAUCCAAGAUGCUGGUGUUGUUGCUACCACCAAGCACUAUAUCGGCAACGAGCAAGAACGCUUCCGUCAAGCCCCAGAAGCAUUUGGCUAUGGCUUUAAUAUCUCGGAAAGUCUAAGCUCCAACAUCGAUGAUACCACGCUCCACGAGCUCUACCUCUGGCCCUUCGCAGAUGCAGUCCGCGCCGGCACGGGAGCUAUCAUGUGCUCGUACAACCAGAUCAACAACUCCUAUGGAUGCCAGAACAGCUACCUCCAGAACUAUAUCCUUAAAGGCGAGCUCGGUUUCCAAGGAUUCAUUAUGAGCGACUGGCAAGCGCAGCACUCUGGCGUCGGCAACGCUUUGGCUGGUAUGGACAUGGCCAUGCCUGGUGACACUUCUUUCCUCACUGGUGCCUCGUUCUGGGGACCGAAUCUCACACUCGCUGUCGUCAACGGAAGUGUUCCGGAGUGGCGUAUCGACGAUAUGGCUACCCGUAUUAUGGCAGCCUACUACCUCGUUGGCCGCGAUGAGGCCUCAGUACCGACUAACUUCAACUCCUGGAAUAGAGACACUUUCGGCUACCGACACCCGGUUCCUCAGCUAGGGUACCAGCAGAUUAACUUCCACGUUGACGUUCGCAACGAGCACGGCAGAAGUAUCCGUGAUCAAGCUGCUCGCUCUACCGUUCUUUUAAAGAACACUGGUGUGCUCCCUCUUGCUAAUAACGAGCGUUUCACGGCUGUUUUCGGUAGCGAUGCCGCCGAGAACCCGUGGGGACCGAACGGUUGCCCAGACCGAGGCUGCGAUAACGGUACAUUAGCAAUGGGCUGGGGCUCUGGGACUGCCAACUUCCCCUACCUUAUCACGCCACUUGAGGCGAUUAAGGAGGAGGUCCAGAACAAUAAUAGGAUUAUCCAGUCAGUUAUUGACGACUACGCCUAUAGCCAGAUCGCAUCACUUGCUGGUCAGGCAACCCUUGCUAUUGUGUUCGUUAACGCCGAUAGUGGUGAGGGCUACAUCUCCGUGGAUGGUAAUGAGGGCGAUCGUCAAAACCUUACCCUCUGGCAUAACGGAGAGACUCUGAUCCAGAACGUCACUGCACGGUGUAACAACACCGUUGUAGUGAUCCACAGCGUCGGGCCUGUCCUCACGAACACUUUCGUUGACAACCCGAACGUGACCGCUAUCCUUUGGGCCGGUCUUCCAGGCGAGCAGUCUGGUAACUCGAUCGCUGACAUCCUAUUCGGCCGCAUCAACCCAGCCGGCAAGCUGCCAUUUACCAUCGGCGCAUCCCGUCGGGAUUAUGGCACUGACCUUCUAUACCAGCCCAACAACGGUGGCGCCGCACCGCAGGACAAUUUCUAUGAAGGCGUUUUUAUCGACUACCGUGCUUUUGACCGUGCCAAUAUCCAGCCUGUGUUUGAGUUCGGCUUCGGUCUUAGCUACACCAGCUUCGAAUACUCGAACCUGAACAUCGCUCGCCGCAGCGCCGGCGCGUACACUCCGACAACCGGACUGACAUCCGCGGCGCCCGUUCUUGGCAACUUCAGCCGCAACCUCGCUGACUAUCAGUUCCCGGCCAACUUUAGUGCCGUGCCGCUAUAUAUCUACCCGUAUCUUAAUAGUACUGACGCGGCGACGGCAGCCAACUCGUCGGACUACGGCCUGCCUGCAGAACAAUACAUUCCGCCUAACGCGCUUAGCGGCGCACCACAGCCACGUAUCGCAGCAGGCGGCGCUCCAGGAGGGAACCCGCAGCUGUACGACGUGCUAUUCACCGUUACUGCCACCAUCACCAACAACGGCACGCGUAAUGGUGAAGAAAUCCCACAGCUGUAUAUCGGCCUUGGCGGACCAAAUGACCCCAUCCGGGUUCUGCGCGAUUUCCAGCGGCUGAGCAUCGACACCGGCAUGAGCGCGACCUUUGUUGCAGACAUCACCAGGAGGGAUAUCAGCAACUGGGACACGGUUACCCAGAACUGGUUCAUCUCGGACUAUCCCAAGACGGUGCACGUCGGCAGCUCGAGCAGGAACCUGCCACUGACUGGGACGCUGGAGCUUUAG